AUGGCUUCAGCUACAGAUAACCGUUAUGGACAAAAGGAGUCUUCCGACCAAAACUUUGAUUACAUGUUCAAAAUCCUGAUCAUCGGGAACAGCAGCGUUGGAAAGACCAGCUUUCUGUUUCGUUAUGCAGACGACUCCUUCACGCCAGCAUUUGUGAGCACGGUGGGCAUCGACUUCAAGGUGAAGACCAUCUACAGGAACGACAAGAGGAUAAAACUGCAGAUCUGGGACACAGCGGGACAGGAACGCUACAGAACCAUCACCACCGCCUACUACCGUGGAGCUAUGGGCUUCAUCCUCAUGUACGACAUCACAAACGAGGAGUCUUUUGCCGCUGUGCAGGACUGGUCCACACAGAUUAAGACGUACUCAUGGGAUAACGCCCAGGUGCUGCUAGUGGGCAACAAGUGUGACAUGGACGAUGAGAGGGUGGUGGCCUCUGAGAGGGGACGACAGCUCUCCGAGCAUCUCGGUUUUGAGUAUUUUGAGGCCAGUGCCAAGGACAACAUUAAUGUUAAGCAAACCUUCGAGCGACUGGUAGACAUAAUUUGCGAGAAGAUGUCAGAGAGCCUGGAUGCCGCCGAUCCUGCAGUGACGGGAGCCAAACAGGGGCCGCAGCUCACGGAGCAGCCCACCGCUCCGCACCAGGACUGCGCCUGCUGAAAAUCCCACGGCUCUAUCUGCACUGCCUUGCACCAACACACAAAAACCACCUGUUUAGGUAUUUAAAAAGUUCCCAUACUGCCUUCUCUGGCCACACCCUCUAGUCCCUCCCCUUCUUCUCCAAAUAAUCAUUUUGACAUCUCAAACUUUAAUGAUAUUAUUCAACAUGCAAUCCAUUCCGUUUAAGUGCACUUUAAAGGGAUAGCUCACCUAAAAAAGAAAAUUCUGUCAUUAUUUGC